AUGGGAAAUUGUAUUUUUAAGUUCUAAGUGGACAAAUAAGGUAAGAAAAUGAAAUAAUUUUAGCUUAGGAUAUUAUUAAAGAGAAUGAAAUUAUUGAUUAAGCAAUCAAAGAGGGGAAUGUAUAGUAAUAAACAACUUCUAUGUAGCCAAAAAUAAUUUACAAAUAAAUUAGUGGCUUCAAUUAAGAAAGCUCUGAAAAUUAAACACCAAAUGUAUUUAAUUCUUAAUGUUCAAACCCUAAAAUAAAAUAUCAAAAAGAUUUAUCACUAUCACCAGAUUUAUUAAUCAGAAGAUAGAAAGAAGGUGAGAAAUUUUUAUUCCAUUAUGAAAUAAUAAAGAAAUUAGGAUAAGGAGGAUUUGGAUAAGUAUAUUAAGUUAGACAUUUAAAAACCAAAUUGAUUAGGGCAGCGAAGGUUAUUGUUAGAUAAUCAGUUGAGAAUGAAACUCUAUUAUUAUAAGAAACUGAAAUACUACAAACUUUAGAUCAUCCAAACAUAGUUAAAAUUCUUGAAAUUUUCAGUGAUAAUCAACAUUUCUAUAUAAUCACUGAAUGCUUAGAUGGAGGUGAACUCUUAGAAAGAGUUAGAAGAAUUACAAAUUAUUCAGAAGAGAUGGCAAAAAUUUAUAUGAAAUAAAUUUUGUCUGCCAUGAUAUAUUGUCAUGAAAGAAAGAUUGUCCAUAGAGACCUUAAAGUAUUAUAUUUUUGAUAUUUGCAAGCCUGAAAACAUAUUAUUUGAUAACUUAGAUAUCAAUUCGAAUUUAAGAGUUAUAGACUUUGGAGCAAGUGAGAAGAUGAUGUCCAAAAAACUGACCACUAAAAUUGGCACUCCUUAUUAUUUAGCACCUGAAAUUCUUAGAUCUAAUGGAUAUGAUGAAAAAGUAGAUGUUUGGUCAUGUGGUGUGAUACUUUAUAUAUUAUUAAUUGGAAAGGCUCCAUUUAGAGGAAAAAACCAAUAUGAAACUUUGCAACUUGUUUAAUAAGCAAAAAUUGAAUUUAAUGGUACUUUAUGAAUAAAGUAUUAAAAAGCAUAGAUUAUAGAAAAGAUAAGCUCAGAUGCUAUUGAUUUGAUUAAGCUCAUGAUUGAAAAAGAUCCAAAUAAAAGAAUUUCAAUGAAGGAUGCAAUUUGUCAUUGUUGGAUUUAAAACUAAUCUGAGAAAAGUUUAACUUUUGAUUAAGCUUUUUUUAGAAAUAUCACAUAGUUUAAAGGGUAUAAUAAUUUAAGAGUGGCAAUAUACUAAUUUAUAACAGUUUAAACAGUGAAAAAAGAAGAAUGUGAAAAAUGUUUAGAGGCUUUUAAAAGACUUGAUAAAAAUGGAGAUGGUGUAUUAUCUGAAGAAGAAAUACUACAAGGAAUGCUCAUGGUCAAGAUAAAUUAAUUAUCAUCUUAAAAUAUGAUAAAAGAUAUAAUGAGUUAAAUGGAUACAAAUGAAUCUGGUAAAAUAGAUUUUACUGAAUUUAUUACUGCCUCUGUUUUGUAAGAAAAACGAUUAUUGAAAGAUAGUCUAAGAGCAGCAUUUAGAUUAUUUGAUUUAGAUGGAAAUGGUACAAUUUCAAGAUCAGAAAUAUAAGAAAUAUUUGGUGGAAUUUAAAUUGAUAAUAAUGCAUGGUAAGAAAUCUUGACAUCUUGUGAUGAUAAUAAAGAUGGUUUAAUUGAAGAGAAUGAAUUUCUUGCAUUAUUAGAAAAUUUAUAAUGA